CAAAAAUAUCAGACAUUAGUGGAUUCAGGAGCGGCAUGCAUGACACAUAGGUGUGCUACUAAUCAAGCGCUACUUUGCGUGUUGUAGGUUUUUGCCCGCCAAAUCAGAUGACAUUGUUGCAGGGAGCGGAUAUACGACGACCAGCCGUUCGGGGUUCUUCCGGGCCCAAUCUGCAACAGAAGUUCGAUAUUCAAGACGAGUCCCACUUACAGAUUCACUCAAAUACCAUAUUUCCAAGGUUGGGUGCAACCGAUGUCCUGGCGAAAAUGGCACCCAAAGCAACUGUUCCGUCAUACCUCUUGUCAACACCGAACGACGAUACACCGGAGCCUACGCCUAUCGCGAUCGAGAAAAUACUUCAUUAUGAAACUUACAAUGAUGAGUACCUCAACAUCCAGAUCACUGGCCCAAUCCACAAUGAAUGGGACAAACCCACAGUAAUCAAUUAUUUCUUUCAAGACCUCUUUUAUGAUUCUCGGGGGAAGAUUGGAGGCUAGAAGCGAGCACCGUGGAUUUGGAAGCAUGGCGGAGCCCGUGUCUGGACGUCGUGGUGGGACAUUCCCAUACCGGCCGCGAAGCCCGGUUGGUUCGUAGACGUGCGGUUUCCCCCGGGUGCAAUCAACGUGACGACAUACUUGAUGGAACGGCUUCCGGCAGGCACUGAAGUAUAUGCGGUGCCAAAGCCAAAAUAUGUCAACGAUAAGGAAUUCUGGGCGAGCGUGGAGAGCCCACAGGUAUUCAGUAUGUGCGACUCAGCAUCCCUGUAUUACCCUCAUUUCGAGAGCUUGAAGAAUUGGGCCCAAGAUAUCGAUGUUGAACUUUUCCCGUCUGAGUGGGAGUCCGCGGAAGGCGAGAAGCACAAAGGAUUUAUUAUUAUGGGGGCAGACAAGACUUCGGUCAGCAAGGUACUUUCGAAUCUGAAAUAUCUCACCUCAUACGUUGUGGCCGGCGCAUCAAGUGGAAGCCUUCGACGGAUUUGGAGCGACGACUACAGAACCGAGGACUCAAGAAUUCCAGGCGUGCCACAAGCCGUCAUCAAUGACAAGAACGCGACAUCAUGAAGCAGUAUUUAUAUGACCUUCCGACAAGAGACAGUGCAGCAAUAUUUAUGAACUUACAGUGAAACAAGAGACAGUGCUUCGAGUCCCAGAAAGGGUGCAAAAAUCAGACUUUGGUGAGCAGAGAUUUGGAAAUCAAACCUUACACAGUUCAGAGCCGCAGGAUUGUGGAGUCACCUCAUUUGGACGGUGCACCCGUUGCUUCGUGACUUGGCCUUACGAUUUCGACUGUCGCAAGGUACCGUAGUGUUUGAGCCGCAAUCUACCUAGGAUUCAACCCAUCGCAGCAGUAACCAGACAAACUUUCUGAUCGGAGUGUCCUUUCUUGUGCUAGAACUUCUUGUCCGAGCUUCCAGUGGUUAAAAAGGGUCGUCGGUGAGGUCUGUACAUUUGCGUCUACUUUGUUAGGUUCGUGUCAACAGGCCGUAGGGAAUCGUCUGCUUUGAGCUAGAUAGUACAAUUCUAGCUCAACUCCGGAGUUAGACAAACUUUCUGAUCGGGAUCUUGUGCUAGAACUUCCUGUCCGAGCUUCCGAUAGGAAAAAAGGGUCGUCGGUGAGGUCUGGACGUUUGCGUCCACUUUCUUAGGUUCAUGUCAAUGUCCAUAGGGAACCGUCUGAUUUGAGCUAGAUAGUACAAUUCGAGCUCAUUCCGGACUAAUAGACACUUUUUUUGAUUGGUAGUGGCCUUUUUUGUGCUAGAACUUCUUGUCCGAGCUUCCACUGGGUAAUAGGGUCGUCGGUGAGGUCUGUACAUUUGCGUCCACUUUGUUAGAUUCAUGUCAAGUGGCCAUUGCGAACCGUCUGAUUUGAAUUAGAUAGCACAAUUCUAGCUCAACUCCGGAUCUAGUUAGACAGAAUUUCUGAUCGGAGUGGCCUUUUCUGUCCUAGAACUUCUUGUUUGAGUUUCCGGUAGUUGAAACGGG